UUGGUCCCGUGCGCCCAUGAUAACACCGCAACUCUUUCUCUUUCUUCAUGCGAGUUAUCAGCGCUCUUAUGAGUGGUUCAUUAUUUCGUGAUGCAAGUUACUCUGGUUACACCAUUCGGAUCGGCUGCAAUCUACGGCUUACAAUUACCAUUCCCGCUGACCAUUCAUGCCACGGCACGCUUUCCGAUUUUGGCGCGGUUCGGAUUUCGAAAUAAUGCGGGAAAAAAUUUGUGGGAAAUAAGAUUCAAAAUGGAUGGCAAACCCUAAAAUGUAUUUGUAGAGUUGUUUGUAUCAUCUGUUGCUUUCUUAUCGAUCCUGGAGUGUAUUAUAUCCAUUUAUAGAUUUCAUUGAAUCAUGGUUGGGGGAGACACGGAGGAUUAUGUCAAUUCAGAAAUUGUUUGCACUCUAGCUGCCCUUGGUUAUUUGGAGGAUGGUAUUUAUUUCAAAGGAGAUGAUUGUUUAGAAUGUUUAAAAGAUUUAAUUCGCUUCUUGAGAGUGGAUGACGCCAGCUGCGAAAUCCGAAGACAGCUGGGACGUUCACAAGCUGUAGAAAAAGAUCUCAUUCCGUUGCUCAAGAGUUGUACGCAAAAAGAACAUGAUAUUUUUGAUGUUUGCAUACGGUUGCUGGUUAACCUCACACAACCCACCAUGAUUUGUUUUGGGCGCCAAGAACCAAAAAAUCUAAAGGAGAAAGAUGAGGCACAUUGGUUUAUCGAAGUUACUUCUCAUUUGCAAUCCUAUAAGGAGGCAUUUACGGAUAGAGAAGUUAUGAGUGUUAUUGGUGGAGAACUGGGGAGACUGCUUCAGCUGGAGUGGGAUAAAAGACAAGAAGAAGAUAUGCUCUUAAUCGAACGUAUUCUGUUAUUACUUCGAAAUAUUUUACAUGUUCCAGCAGACCCGAAAGCUGAAAAGAGGACUGACGAAGACGCCACAAUUCACGAUCAAGUCUUGUGGAAUUUACACGCAUGCUGCAUCGAUGAUUUCAUCAUAUACGUGGCGAGCUCUCCUGAUGAGAGUCGAUGGUGUAUGCAUGCUUUGGAGAUCAUUUCUCAUAUGAUGCGUGAGCAAAAAGCGGAUGUUGUGGCUAAGACCGCGGCUCAAAAAACACAGAAAGAGAUAGAUGAUGAUAUGAGGGAACUCGAAAUUCUUUAUGAAAGAGAGAAAGCUGCGCAGACUCGAGUCUUUCGAAAAAGCAGCAGGCAUUCAAACUUUGGCGGAACCUUUCAUGUGGAAAACAUCAAGGCUUUAAACGACGAGAACAAUUUGCUGUAUCACAAACCAUUACAACAGGCGAAAAAUUUGUCCUUUGAUUUUGGUAAAACAGCUCCAAGGAAACGCAAGGCAGAAAUGCGCGCUAGAGAACAGGAUAUCGGGCGAAAGUCUACAUUAAGUGUCAGGCUUUUCCUCAAAGAGUUUUGUGUUCAGUUUCUUGAAAACGCUUACAAUCCAUUGAUGCACACAAUAAAGGACAAUUUAAAGCAAUCAAGAACUCAGGAAAACGACGAAUCUUAUUAUCUCUGGGCUAUGAGAUUUUUUAUGGAAUUUAAUCGACACGUCCAGUUCAAUGUUGCUUACAUCAGUGAGACCCUGAAUGUACCGACAUUUCAAGAUAUUGUCGUCAUGAUUACAAGAUUCUUCGACAACUUAACGACAAUCAAGAACGAGAAGCUUGAGUGGGGCCGAAGAUUACAUCUUGGUGUGCGUGCUUACCAAGAAUUAAUACAACACAUCGCAUUGUUACAAGCAUCAAAGGAUAAUGUUCUGCGGGACAGUGCAAAAAUCAUCAAAGAAAAUAUUUUUUAUGUUCCUGAAUAUAAAGAUGUGUUCAUAGUUUUAUUGAAGAAAUUUGAUUCACGUAGUCAAACAAAAUCAUUUCUCCGAGAUUUGAUUGAAGCGUUUCAUGUAUUUCUCAAGCUUCUUGAAGGACAUUGUAAAAACAAGGGCCACGUUAUAGUUCAGAAAAAGAACAAGGUCAAGAAAAGGAAGAAGAAAGGAGUUCCUAAGCAGCAACCAGUUGUAGCCCUGACUGCUGAUCAAAAAGAAGAAAGGUGGCAAGAAUUGAGUGGAGAAUUUUCGGAAUUUCUCCAAAACCAAGAAGGAGGGCUUCCCUCGAUCGUUCAUCCUUUUGACCCGGUCUCUGACGAGCCAGAAGAAGAUCAAAAGACGAGAUGUCUAUCUAUAAUCCAGCAGCGCAUCCGUGAAAAAUUAUUUGGUGAAAGUCUUGCUUUUCUUCGAGCUGCCAGAGAAAUUUGGACUAACGACUUGUUUGGUAAAAACGAAAUGGAGCCGGAAGAAGAAUUCAUGUGUUUUUACGAUAUUUUCCGCUUGGAUCUUCCAGUUAUUAAUAAUCGUGUUGAAGAAAUGCCAGAAACCGCUGAACAAGAAGAUGAAUUGACGGAUCCAGAGGCGGAAGAGCUUCAAGCUGUUCAAGUAAAAGAAAUUGAAUUUCAAUUGGCAGAUUUUUUAAAACAACUUGCCUCUCCACUGGUCAUUAAACCGUACUGCUGGCUCUUGGCUUGUUAUGAAGAAAACAGUUAUCAAAUGAAUCAUUACAUUGUGAAGAUGCUUCAUCGCGUUGCCGUCGAUUUGAAACUGCACGCAAUGUUAUUUCAACUUUCUUUGUUUAUGACAUUUAAGAAAGUCUUCAAUGAUCCUGCUUCCAGCAAGUAUAAGGAACUGGUAAAAUUUUCCAAGUACAUCCUGACGAAGUUUUUCGAAUUGCUUCCAAAUAAUCCAACACUCUGCGCUGAACUCUUAUUUUGGAAAUCAUCACUGGAAUGUUACGGAAUUACCGAAGGUUUUGACAACCUGCAGCUAAGAGCUUUGAAGAGAUCUAGUCAUUCAUGGACGUUUGAGGAAGAGGAAGAAUUGAAACAGUUAUACAACGAAUUUAAGGACUCGGAAGAUUUAGUCGAAAAAAUUCUCCAAAGUAUCAAUAACGAAUUCAGAUCCAGGCGCCAGGUUGUUGGGAAACUUAUUACACUUGGCCUGGUUGAAAAUCGAGAAAUUUUAAAAAAGAAACCAGGUAACAAGAAUUCGUGGUCAGAUGAUGAACAAAACGAACUCCGACACUUGUUCGAAGAGUUUAAAGACACCGAAGAUGUUGUGAACGGAAUACUUAUGGCCUUGAGUAAUAAAAGAAGAACAAGAAGACAGGUUGUCAAUCAGCUGGUUAAGUUGGAGAUUGUUCAAGAUCGCAGCAUACUUCAGAAAAAGAAAUCUAAGAAAUGGAGAAAACAGACAAACGCAGAGUACCCGGAAGAAAAUGGCAAUAGUGGAAAAAUAGAUGAAGAUGAGGAUGAUGAAUCUGAAGAUAUAGCGACAUCAGACGAAUCAUCUCAUGAUGGUGAAGAUAAGUCAGAUUUGGAGUCUGAUGAUGAAACGACUGGAUCUGACUUCAUAUCUUUGUUGGCUGAUGUGAAAAAUUCCGAGCACUCUGAACAGUUGGAAUGGAUUAAGAACAAGUUAAAUGGAGUUGCGGAUGACCGAUUUGAAGAUGACGAUUGGCAACCUUUGCCUCUUGUGACCAUCACAGAAGAAAGUGAACUCGCAUUACGAAAUAAAUCGUUUCAAAAGCUUCUCAAGGAAAUUGGAUUGGUUCCCCCUGCCGACGAACAAGAAAAAUAUUGGCGUAUCCCAAGUAACCUAUCGCCUGGACAUUUGCGAAAAGCAGCUACUGAACUUGAUAUGGAUCUGCCAGAGUUGCCCAAUUUUGCUAAUUUCGAGACACAAAAGACAAAGCCGCAUCCAAAGAGACAAAAACUAGCUGCGUUAGCUGCGAGUAUUACGUCAUCAAGCAAGAGGGAAAAAAGAGCUAUGAAAAGGCGCGAAAAAGUAACUGAUGAGAUAAAUGCUGUGUCGGUGGAGAGCGUGGAUGUGCAACGAGACGAAGAGUCAACAGAGGACAAGAGUGAAUUUGAUGUCAUCGAAAAUGCAAUUGAGAAAGCAGUGCGAUUGAAGAAGAUCCCCAAACGAAAAAGAAUUCGAGUCGAAGAUAGUGAUGAAAGUGACGAUGAUGCCUUGCGCAUUCAUGGCGAGAAAAACCAUAAUCAUAAUGAAGAUGAUAAUAUUGAGGACGACACCAUACUAACCCUAAGACGAGCGGAAGAUGAAGAUGACGUCAUGAAUGUUGGUAUAAAGAGAAAUCGAAGUCUCGAUCAUGAUGAAAACGAUGAUGAAACUAGCGACGAGGAUGAGCUAGAAAUGCCUUUAGUUCGUGUAAAAAGAGCAAGAAAAGUUGUUUUUGAUGAUGGCGAUGACGACGACGAUGACUAGUUGAUGAAAACAAACGUACGUUCACAUUAAACUGCGUUUCAGCAUUUGAGUUACAUUUAUUUGAGUUUUCAAAGAUAUUUCUAAUAUGACUAGGUUUUGUUCGCGUGCUAGCUACAUCACGGGGGCGCUGAUUUAUUUUUGCGUAUGUUUGUUAAUAAAAAAGUUCAACAAAA